CUAUUAUAAUUGUAGAAUUUGAUAUUCUAGUAGCUCCAAAAUAUAUAAAGAUAUUCAAGUGGGUUGUAGAUAUCAAUAAUGCAGUGCUUGAAGAUCUAAAAAGUUCUAUAAUUGCGAUACAUCAUUUACCAGAAAUGAAAAAAUGA